CUUAACGUUAAUGUUAAUUUAUUCCAGAGAUCAGCUGUUGGCGGAGUAGUGGAUGGGAGUGAUACGACCACGCCUUUUACACUCUUCCGACGACACUGUUGACAGGAUGACGACUGAGGAAGAUAUUGACUGCGGCUGUGCCUGUAACGGCUAUCAGCUGUUCCGAGGUUUGCGCAGGUUUGCCAAACCCUCAGUAUUUGUUGCAGUUCUGAUCACCUUCGCAAUCGUACUGGGAGCCAUCCAAGGCUUCUUCAGUGUCCACUACAAAACCAACUCCAUCAACGCCUCUCUGGGUCUAAUAGAAUGGCUGCUGAUAGGCAGUCAGAUAGUGCAAGCUGUCGUGGUGGUACCCCUGACAUAUGCAGGAGGCAGCAGACAUCGGCCUGUGUGGUUGGCAGUCCUGGGCGGCCUUCUGACGGUCUCCUGUCUUGUGUUUGGCAGCUUCCUUCUCACAGAAUAUGAUAACUACCAGGUUAAGACUACGUACAGCCUCACACAAGAUCCAACAUUAUGUGUGAAGUACAGCGAGAAGGUGAUUCAAAAUGAGAAGACUGUGAACUGGUUGACGUUGGGAGCUGUUUAUGCUUUACAUUUCACCCUUGGCCUUACUUCUGUCGGAAUGUAUUCAUUCGCUCUCACUUACAUCGAUGACAACAUCGACUCAAUCAACAGCCCAGGCAUUAUUGGUAUUGUGCUGGGGUUCCAGCAGCUAGGACCUCUGGCUGGCAUGAUGCUAGCUUGGCUAUGCAGUUCCACCACAAUUACAGGAAUAUUGUGGAUUGUUCUUGGAGCGUUGAUGCUUGUGGUCUCAAUUUUAAUUGGAAUGUUUCCUCGUAGUUUACUAGACAACCAAGGUGGAUUAGCAUCCAGCAGUAUAUACUUCACAAAAACAAAAGGCUUUUACGGGUCUUUUCUGCGAGUGCUGACCAAUCGUAUAUUCCUCAUGAUCACGCUUGGCUUGACACUUGCUAUGACAGCCAUUUGGAACUUCAGCUAUCUUCUCACUCGCUACGAGGAGUCUGUCUACUAUGCAGCUCAGGCUAACGGAUUCGACGAUUCGUGGCUCACCAGACAGAUAGUCACAUUUGUCCGGCCUGUGGUGACGGGAGCUACAAUCCUUGCGUCUGGUAUCCUCAUGUUCCGCUCAGAGCCAACGCCCACCAAGGUAUCAGUCUGGGCUACAGCGGCCUUCUUCCUCACUGCGGCUGUGUUUGUAGCCAACAUCUUUAUCACCUGCUCUGACGUCAAAAUAACCACGGAAAGCAAGAACAGACUGGACCUGACAAUGUACUGUAACAAGGACUGCCAGUGCAGGGAAGACCUCGCCUUCACCCCAGUGUACGCCAAACAUGCUAAACUUGUGUACUUUUCUCCAUGCCACGCCGGGUGUACCACAGCCUCAUAUAUAGGAGAGGACAAGGUCUACAAGAACUGUUCCUGUGUUCCUACAGAGUCAGUCGUGAAUGGUAUUUACGACAACGGCAUCUGUCAGAUUUACGGGAUAACAUUUGAGAUUCUAACAGUGGUUGCAGCUGUGCUUGUGGCCUCGGUUGUAGUUGGACUACUUAUGCUCUCUUUUAGGGUGGUGCUGAGUUGUGACAAACCCCUGAUGAUUGCCCUUCAGAUGUCUCUUGUCUCGCUGCUGGCUACCAUUCCUGGAAGACAACUCUUCCUCAUCGUCGCUCGUAUAUCCUGCAUAGUCUCAGGCACAGAUGAGUGCAGGCUGCAUGAAGCUCAACCCUUCGUGACCUACAUCAACCUUACCACUAUUUUUUUUCUGCUGUUAGCUACGGCAAUAUUUGUAAUUACUACAUUCAUGGUUCGCCAUGUUCUACUUUAUGGUGAUGACGAAAGAUCUCCGAAAAAAGUCGCAGCUUUGACAGAAAUGAGGGAGUUCCGAGCGAGGAUGAACAAUAACGGGAAAGAGAGACGCCACUCGUUCCACGGAGAAAACCAGAAGCUUCUGGAAACUAACGGACCUGCCCCGGUGGUCGUGAGGACUCCGUCCAUCAACUUGGACAGUGAACAUAGACUGUCUACUUAUGAGGGUCAGAUGCAGAAGGCUGCGUCUUACAGUGAGGAGUUGAACAAACUUCUACAGACCCCAGCACCGAUGCAGACGACAACAAGUGGCAACACGCUGACUGUACCUUCGCCGGGGGUGACUGUACGAAGGGAGGGGAUGUUAACCACCCUCUUGUAGAUGACAUCACAAGAUGUUUAACAUCACACUGUGUGAUAAGUAUGACCUCUUGUGAUUUGUGACAUCACAAAGUGGACAAAGUUGCGGAGGAAAGCCUUAUAUACCGGUAUGUAGAGUAAGAGUACUACCAGAUGUUACAGCUUUAAAAGCAUCUGGCCUCAGGUUUCUCUUUUAGAACUAAGACUUUAACUUUCCUGAUUUUAGCUAUUUUAAUUUCUCACACACAGUUAAACACAUUUGCUUGAUUUAAUAAGUUUGUAAAAAAAGGAAACAUUUCAAACGCCUAAAACUAUUUCAAUUUAAUUUUUUUUUUUGUAAUUUAUAGUGAAUUAUUUGAAAAAACUAAGUAAAGAUUAAUACUUAUCAUUGUUAGAUACAAAAAAUUUUCAACUGCAAUAUACCUUUUUGUAUCAAGCUAAGACUUUUGUACAAAAUAUUUGGAGUUUUGAUGAUUUUUGAAUUUUUAACUUUCCAAAUAUCUGUGUGUGUUGAGAUUUAAUUUUCAAAACCGUAAAAGUAAUGUGUUUAGAAUUUAUAUUUAAAAUAAGAUUGUUGUAUUUAUUUUUUCUAAUAAUUUCAAAUUUUAGCAUUAGUGUUAGAGUUAGGUAAACAUUAACUUCCAAGAACACUUGAAUAAGUAAAAGGUUCUAUGUUCUGCCAGUUUUACAGAAGAUAAUUAAAAAACUCCUCUUCUGAAAAUCCUAUUUAUCGUUAUGUUUAAUAUACAUUAAACUUUUUAAAUGUGCCAAUGUUUAAAAAAAUCAAAUAAAUAAAACCUAUUGAGACUGUAAAUGGUCUGGUAAAUGGAGAGAAGUAAUCAAAAUAUGCUUUACAUUGUAAAUACAAUAGAUAACCUCCCCAAGAUAGCAGUUGCUUUUUGGAAUAUAUUAUUCCAAAAAAGGAAAAGUACUUAUUGAUACCACUGAUUUGUUUUCAAAAGGAAACUUACAAACUAUUUUGAUGGGAUACAAAUUGUUGUCAUUUGUUCUGCAUAUUUUUGUAUCAUGCCUCAUGGAACUAUCUAGGAACUAUAAAAAUGUAUUUAUUAAUGUGUUCCAUAUAUGUUUCCUUUGGAUAUAUCUUAUAUUUUGGCAAGCAGUUAAAUCAACCAAAACAAAUCUAGCUAUCUUUGUAAAUAAGAAUCACUAUUAUCAUUCUAGAACUUAAAGGACUGAAACUUUUUUUCACAGUUGUGCGUGAUCUUUAAAUUGCUCAUCUUUCCUGUUGAAUUUUUACCUGAAUAACUCCUAAAAAGUGUUGAAAAAGACCAUAUAGGUAAAAUAAAUAAUCAUGGAUGUUCCUUUAAGAUAAAAUAAUAUAAAUACAUGCUCAUACAAAUUGUACUACACAUAUCCUAAUUAGUUACCAAAACUUGUUACAUUAAUACUAAUUUUAUUUUAAACAAUUUUAAUUAAGCACUCUAUUGAAGUGAUACAUUGAAAGCUUUUACUGUACUGUGAUUGAGUAAAUUUUACCAGUGUCAUUUUAAUACUUUUAACAUUAAAUGUUUAAAGGUGUAUCCUAAAAUUAAGUAAUGUAUUCUAAAAUAAUCUUGUCUUUUUGUACAUAUAUUUGUGCCAGUGGUGUAGUGGUAAUACUGUCUUCUUUUUUUUAUUCAGGGUUUCUUUUAGGGCAUAAGUAAAGACAUUUAGGAGUGAAAGGUAUUUUUCUUUCCCAAAGUCGUAACUUUACAACUACAUCACUGUUUAUUUUUAAACUAUUAAAUGUCUAUUAUGUGUACUUAUUAGAAUAAUUUAGUUAGGUUUUAUAUAAUAUAUUAUUACAAUUCACUACAAUUGUAUGUACCUGCAAAUAAAGAGUUUUAUAUCGUUA